AUGUCAUUCUACACAGGGGACGAGCGGGGAGGAGUCCCUGGUCUAUUACCCAACCCAUAUUAUUGGUGGGAGGCGGGCGCUCUCAUGGGCUCGUUAGUAGACUACUGGUACUACACAGGUGACACACGAUGGAACGAUGUUGCCGAAGAAGGGUUGCUUUUCCAAGUCGGGCCAAACGACGAUUACAUGCCGCCGAACCAGACCAUGACCGAGGGAAAUGAUGACCAGGGGUUCUGGGGCAUGGCGGUCAUGACAGCGGCAGAAAACAACUUCCAAAACCCGCCUCCGGAUAGACCCCAAUGGUUGGCACUCGCUCAAGCCGUCUUCAACACCCAGGCCGCUCGGUGGGAGCAGCAGGACUGUGGCGGCGGCCUACGAUGGCAAAUCUUCCCCUGGAACAACGGAUAUAAUUACAAGAAUUCCAUCUCCCAAGCCUGCUUCUUCAACAUUGCCGCACGCCUCGCUCGAUACACCGGGAAUCAGUCAUAUGCGGAAUGGGCCGACCGGACAUGGGACUGGAUGACUGCCACGCAGCUCUUGAGCUUAGAAACAUACUACAUCUAUGACGGUAUUCACGUUGAGAACUGCUCUGAGAUCACUCCCUACCAAUGGACCUACAACGCGGGCGCGUUCUUGCUAGGGGCUGCCGCCAUGUACAACUACAGCACCAGCGCCGCCCAAGCCCAAACAUGGCACAAGCGAAUCGACGGCCUGCUUAACGGCAGCCUCAUCUUCUUCACGGGCAAAAACCACAACAUAAUGACCGAGGUGGCCUGUGAGCCCGUCGAUCUGUGCGACCUCGACCAGCAGAGCUUCAAAGCCUACCUCUCCCGUUGGAUGGCAGCGACUACCAAGUGGGCACCCUGGACGUAUGACCGCAUAAAACCAUUGCUAGAGUCAUCGGCCACCGCGGCAGUGUCAACUUGCACUGGUGGCGGCAACGGACGCAUGUGCGGCUUGAAGUGGAACACGGAAAAGUGGGACAACAACACGGGGGUAGGGCAGCAGAUGGCAGCCAUGGAAGUUGUCCUGGCGAACACAAUCCAGCACUCCCCGUCGCCGGUGACGGACUGGGAAGGCGGGACGAGUGUGGGUGACCCCGGUGCGGGUGGUGCGGAUAUCGGGCGGAAGACCAAGGUGUUUCCGCACGUUUCGACUGCUGAGAGGGCUGGGGCAUAUACGGCACCCCAGAUGGGGAGGAGAAGCAGGACGGCUGGCCGGGCGCUUCGUGCCCUGAACAACCACACGCUUCUCGACCUUUACUCCAGCCGUUUUACAUCAUGCGGAACUACCUAUUACACCAUCGCCCUGGGAAAAUGGCUGCUCAUGACCAACGAAGCUGAGAACAUCAAGACCAUCCUUGGUACCAGCAUGGAUGACUGGCCCAUCGACGGGCCCAGACUCCUCUCUACGCUUCCAGUCCUCGGACCGGAUAGCAUUUUCACUAGCAAUGGCGAGGCCUGGAAUAGGGCGCGGUCUAUGUUGAGGCCCUCAUUUGUUCGGGAUCAGGUUGCCGACCUCCAGUGCUUCGACCGGCAUAUUAGGAACAUGCUGGCUGCGAUCCCCGCCGAGGGCGCCACUUUCGACAUCCAGAACCUUCUGUUUAACAUGACUAUGGACUCAUCCACGGAUUUCCUACUCGGUUCCUCGACCAAUCUACUGACCAAGGCUUCGCCAGAGGCGCAGCAGUUUGUCCGCGACUUCGAAUAUGCGAGCCGGGAGAGCGCUAAGAAGGCCCGCCUCGGACCUAUCCUGUACCACCUGCCACACCGUAAACUUCAGACAGCCGUGCGAGGACUGCGGGAGUACGUCCGUUUCUACUUGAAGAGAGCGAUCGCCGAGAAGAAGGAAGGGGGAGGCAAGGCCAAAGACCGCAGCUAUGUCUUUCUGGACGAGCUUCUCAAGGCAGAACCUCCCGAGGACUACACGGUCGAUCAAAUCCUUUCCAUUCUCAUUGCCGGCCGGGAUACCACCGCGACCGCCAUGUCGUCGGUCUUUUACUUCUUGGCUCGUAAUCCGAGCGCGGUAGAGAAACUGAGAGCGGAGAUCGGGAGCGUAGGUGAGGAGGCUCCAACAUGGGAGCAACUCAAGCACAUGAAGUAUCUGAACAACGUCAUCAAAGAGGCGUUACGGCUCUUCAGCCCCGUGGCAACGAACUCGAGGACGGCAAAUAAGGAGACAGUCCUACCACGAGGUGGUGGUGAAGACGGUACCCAACCGAUACUUGUUCAAAAGGGCACUCCGGUGCGGUGGACGAGUCACGGACUACACCGAAAUAAAGACGUGUUUGGGCCGGAUGCUGACGAGUUCCGCCCGGAGCGAUGGGAGUCCGACCUUCGAGUCAGGUAUGUAUCUUCCCAUCACCACCAUGUGAGAGACGCGCCCCCUCCACUGACUGCAAGUUUCAGCUGGGAGUACAUCCCAUUUAGUGGCGGGCCGCGGAUCUGUCUUGGUCAGCAAUUCGCCCUUACCCAGAUCGCCUACACCCUGUUUAGGUUCUUUGGGGCUUUUCGGGCCAUCGAGGCUCAAGAUUCUGGCCCAUACCUGCUGCGGACUAACCUUACUAUCUCAUUUCCUUAUGGUUGCCUAGUGAGUGUGACGCGAGCUUGA